AUGCCUCAAACUAUUCAUGAAGACCACGUGAUCAAUCGCGUGACGUCACCUUCGAGUCGUGCGUAUGUUCAUGUUGUUUAUGGGGCCAUGGGUAGGGAAGGAAAAGAAAACACCCCCUCCCCAAUCACAUUCCCUGGAUCCGGAUUCAUCACAUGGAACCUCAAACAGACAGGCAACUUUUUUCUAUCCAACGUCGAAAUCAUUUCUAUGUACGUCAAAACCCCCUCUGCUGCUACUUCGACUACUACUACAAGUGGUACAAGUGGUAGCCACAUUAGGAACCGUAACAAUAGUAAAAAUAGUAAUAGCGAUUAUAGUUUUGAUAAAAAUACUAUUAGUAAUAGUAGUAGUAGUAGUAGUAGUAGUAGUAGUAGUAGUAGUAGCAACAGCAAAAGUGGUAGUAGUAGCAGCAGCAGAAAGUCUGAAGAUAAUUACAAUGGAGACAACAGGAAACAGAUUUUAUACUCAGCAACUACAUUAAAAUUGCAAGUUUCAUACAGAGAAGUUUAUCUGAGUGAUGGUGGCUGGCAUGGAGUGGUGGUCGAAAGAAGGGUGAGGGAGGUGAACGUGGAGAUCGAUGGACUGGUCAAGAAAAGUGGCACCAUCGUUGUUAGUGAACUGUUGGGUUUUUCCAGUGAUGUCAUUACAGUCGGGGGAAUUCCCAAAAAACGCCUCCAAAAAGCUGUUCGCCGUGAUGAUGACGAUGAUGAAGAUGAUGACGAUGAUGAAGAUGAUGAAGAUGAACGUUACAAGAAAAAGAGUGGAGGUGGUUAUGAGGGCUAUUUAAAGGACUUCAAAUUCUUCCGUGGUUGCCUCAAACAAAUAACAUUAAAAUUUGAUAACAUUCACAUCGAUGUUUUCAACCAACUACAAUUGAACUCUCACACGUACAACAAGGAUGUCUCCAUCAGUCGUAACAUCUACAACCGCCAUGUAAGCAACAACAACAACGACAACGACAACAACAUCAUUAACAACGACAAAUCGUUCAAUAAUAGAUCUCCCAGCAUAUCAAGCCAGAGACAUAAAAGUCUCCUGAAAUAUUCAUUCCAUCCCAUUGGCCAAGUAACGUUAAACAGAUGCGACCUAGCGAAUAAUAAAAUCCCACAAUUCAGAUUCAAUCGCCGGAGUAACAAUGGCCUCUUAAAUUUUUUUCCAUUGAAGCAUUCGCCAGGUGGUUCAUUAUCGUCAAGUUUUUUUUUCGAAACGGCGAGCAGGCACGCACUCCUGGCCGUGAUAAACUUCAAAAGUGUUUGCUCUGGUACAGAAGAUGAUGAUGAUGAUAAUGGUGAUAAUGAUGAUGAUAAUGAUGAUAAUGAUGACGAAGAUGGCGGGGAAUUUAUGGCAUUAGAGUUAGUCGAUGAUGAACAGUUAUUCGUUGUUUGCGUUGGGAUCAUUGUGAACAUGGAUGAAGUUUUCAAAGCAGAAACUAAAGCAUGA